CAGGUGUGCAAGUAAGUGACUACACUCUCCCUGAUGAUGUUAAAAGGGCUGGUUUUGAAAUUGAUCCGGAAGAGUUAGGAUCCAUAGUUGAAGGUCAUGAUCUGAAGAAGUUGAAAUUUCAUGGUGGAGUUGAUGGUAUUGCAAAUAAACUAGCUACUUCAAGUUACGAUGGGCUAUCUACACGUGAUUAUAGUGCUCUAAAUCGCAGACAAGCGACAUUUGGGGUUAACAAAUUCCAAGAAAGUGAAGCUCGGAGCUUUUGGUUGUUUGUUUGGGAAGCCCUUCAGGACAUGACGCUCAUGAUCCUUGGUGCGUGUGCAUUUGUUUCUCUACUUGUUGGCAUUACAAUGGAAGGAUGGCCAGAUGGAGCGCAUGAUGGUCUUGGUAUAGUAGCUAGUAUUUUGUUGGUGGUCUUUGUUACUGCAACAAGUGAUUAUCGCCAAUCCUUGCAGUUCAAAGACCUGGAUAAAGAGAAAAAGAAAAUAGCCAUCCAAGUUACUAGGAAUGGGUACCGACAAAAGAUGUCUAUAUAUGAUCUAGUUCCAGGUGAUAUUGUUCAUCUCGCAAUAGGAGAUCAAGUCCCUGCAGAUGGACUCUUUCUUUCAGGAUUUUCUGUUUUAAUUGAUGAGUCCAGUUUGACUGGAGAAAGUGAGCCAGUGAUGGUCACUGCUCAGAAACCCUUUCUUCUUUCUGGAACCAAGGUCCAAGACGGGGCUUGUAAGAUGUUGGUAACAACAGUUGGGAUGAGGACUCAGUGGGGGAAACUGCUAGCAACUCUCAGUGAAGGGGGAGAUGAUGAAACUCCAUUACAGGUCAAAUUGAAUGGAGUGGCAACUAUCAUUGGGAAAAUAGGCCUUUUCUUUGCUGUUGUGACUUUUGCAGUACUUGUGCAGAAAAUGUAUAGCCGUAAACUGACAGAGGGAUCCCACUGGAGCUGGUCUACAGGAGAGGCGAGGGAAUUAUUAGAAUACUUUGCAAUUGCAGUUACAAUUGUAGUGGUUGCAGUUCCUGAAGGACUUCCCCUGGCCGUAACAUUAAGCCUUGCGUUUGCCAUGAAAAAGAUGAUGAACGAUAAGGCACUUGUCCGACAUUUAGCAGCUUGUGAGACAAUGGGAUCUGCUACAACUAUUUGUAGUGACAAAACUGGCACGCUAACAACCAACCGUAUGACUGUAGUGAAAACAUGCUUCUGUAUGAAUGUCAAGGAUGUGAAUAAGCAGAGUGAUGCAUCUGACCUUUGUUCUGAAAUCCCGAAUUCUGUACUCAAAACUUUGCUGCAGUCAAUUUUUAACAAUACUGGAGGAGAAGUAGUAGCUUCCAAGCACGGGAAACCUGACAUAUUGGGAACACCAACUGAGACUGCUUUAUUGCAGUUUGGUUUAGCACUUGGUGGUGAUUUUCAGGCGGAACGACAAGCUGGCAAACUUAUAAGAGUUGAGCCAUUUAACUCUACAAAGAAACGCAUGGGUGUGGUGCUGGAGCUUCCUGAAGGAGGUUUACGGGCUCAUACUAAAGGUGCUUCGGAAAUAGUUCUAGCUGCCUGUGACAAGGUAAUUAAUUCCAGUGGGGAGGUUGUGCCCUUGGAUGAAACAUCAACUAACCAUCUGAAGACCACAAUCGAUCAGUUUGCCAAUGAAGCUCUCCGCACUUUGUGUCUUGGGUAUAUGGAGAUGGAAAAAGGGUUCUCCCCUGAUGCUGAUAUUCCAGCUUCUGGGUAUACGUGUAUAGGUAUCGUAGGUAUAAAGGAUCCUGUUCGUCCUGGAGUCAGGGAGUCUGUUGCGCUCUGUCGUUCAGCUGGGGUUAAUGUACGAAUGGUUACUGGAGAUAACAUCAAUACUGCAACAGCCAUAGCUAGGGAAUGUGGUAUACUGACU